UUCAUUUGUAGCCAUGGAUGUUAACAUUGCUCUUGGACUGCUUGCUGCAUUGGUUUUCACCUUACAGCCAUAUAAUCUAGAAGGAAGAAAUAUUAAUUGCCGUAAAGGUCUGCGCAAUCUUCAGAAGCGUUCGGGUGAAGAUGUUGUGAUUCUGGAAGGUUAUGAAGUGACUCCGGAGGAUCAGGAGCGAGGCGUUGGGUGUGAGGAAUAUGAUGCAGCCGGUCUUCUCCCAACUCCUCCUUCUGAAACAGUCACAGGCAGUCGAGUGCCACAAAUGCCAGCCUCAAACCCCAAAAUACCACCCAAAAAGCAGUUGUGCUGGAUGUACUACGGUACGCCCGUGAGGCUGUAUUUACCCAUGAGGAACCUGCCAAAAUCUCAAGGCAAUAAUAUACCGUAUACGGGAGGAAUGAGUGGAAAUAGUCAGGCGAGGGUGGUGUGUGGAAAACCUAUGGGGAAUUUCCCUAAGAAUUACAGUAAUGGAAAGCAAAAUAAUAAUGGAGCAGGGGCAAUCAGACCUGUAGUCGUCAGGCCUGGGAUGGUUAUUCAGGUGCCCAGUGGUAGGAGCACCAGUUUUUACGACAUAAUCAGAAAUGAUCAGAGGUUGAAGGCCGCUGAGAGGUCCAGGGGAAGUUCAGUUUCUUCUCGCUGUACUUAAAGGUCCUGUGAAAUAAAAAUACAAUUUUUUUGGAUGUUAUUAUCAGUAUGUUAGUCAUAAGGAUAUCUAUAAUCUAGUGUGUUCCAUAACAGUGACAAAAUUCACAUUCAGAAGAUAUAUAUAUAUAU